AUGGGACCGAUCCGGGGCAUAGCACCGUUACUGAUACGAGUCACAAGGAAGAAGAUUGAGAGCUGUAGAGAGGCAGGCCAAGAAGUCCAACUAUACUGGGUUAAAGCACAUGCAGGACUCCAGGGAAAUGAAGCUGCAGACACGGCUGCAAAAGAAGCAGCCCUUAACCUUAAAUGCAAACCACACUACAACACCUGCCCCAUAUCGUAUGUAAAACGUCUACUCAGAGAAAAGUCCAAGGCGGAGUGGCAAACACGAUAUCAGAACUCCGAAAAUGCAUCUGUCACAAAGAUCUUCUUCUCAUCACCGGAGCAAGCGUACAGGGCUUUCAAGAAUGGCAGACUUACUAAUAAGCUAACGCAGAUGCUCAAGGGGCAUGGCGGGUUCUCCGAAUACCUGCAUAGGUUUAAGUGUAAAGGGGACCCGACGUGCCCUUGUGACCAACAAAGCACCCAAGACGUAAGACACUGUCUUCUUGAGUGUCCGCGCCACGCCCUAGCAAGGCUCCUGGACCUCGAACAAGUUAUCGGAACGGGUAAAAUAACGAUGGAGGACUUGUCGCAAGUAAUGAACAAUGCAGAACUUAGACGCCAUUUUAAAAAUUAUGCGACAAAAAUAGUCACAACAUUACUUAAAGAAAAUAAGAGUAAAUUAAGCUAA